CAGCUAACUUCCGCUUUUAAAAAAAAAUGUUGCUACACACAUUUUUUUAAAAAUAGCAGACGAGAAGCUGUAUUUUUUAAGUGCUGUGAAUUUCUAAACAGCCACUAAAUAGUUGCUGCGGAGUUUUCGCCGCGUUGAAUUGUACAUAAUAAGGACAUCUAACGUUUAAAGCUCUCCUAUCUGAGCACCAUGGGGAAGAGGUAUUACUGUGACUACUGUGACAGGUCCUUUCAGGACAACAUGCACAACAGGAAGAAACAUCUGAACGGGGUUCAGCAUCACAGAGCGAAGAAGGCCUGGUUUGAUCAGUUCAGAGAUACAGCUGCUAUUCUGCAUGAUGAGCAAAUAAAGAAGCCCUGCAGGAAGUUUCUCCAAAAAGGAAUUUGUGACUUUGGCCCAGGCUGCAGGUUUUCUCACAUGUCUGAAAAGGAGCUUUUCAACUUAAAAAGAUAUAUAGAAGAGGAAAGACAACACAAAGAGGAUUAUGAGGACAGAAGAAUCUCUGGGCGAAGUGUCGAGGAGUGGCUCUCCAAAAGGGAGAAGAAGCGAACAGCUCUUGCUAGCAAAGGAGAUUUAAAACCCAGGGAGGACAAUGAGGAGGACGAAGCAGAAAGAGAUAUUCCUCAACAGCUGUUCUCCAUUCCUGACCUCCCACCCUCGCUGUUGCCUCCUCCCCCAGGUGGAUGGAGAGUCAGAGCAAACGCCGAGUGGGGCUGAGGGACGUUUCUCCAGUGUUCGAAUCGUGAUAACCGGACAUAUGACAUUAACAGAUGGACACUUGUUUCAAAGAGAUCGUUUCACGUGUUUCUUUCAAAAUGUGCUCAUUUUUCAGCUGCUAUAAAAACCUGCUAAUGAUUAUUAUUUAAGAGGAGAAAUAAAAUGUCUCAUUUUGUGUACCCAUA